AUGGCCUUUCUUGAUCAAACAAAAUAUACUUUUAUCAAACGACGCCACUUCUCAAAAAAGCGUAGACAAGAAUCUAAACCAAGAAAUUAUACUUACAUCACAACAAAUGCUAAAAAUUUGUUUCUCUAACUCUUUCUAUUUCAUAGCUACAAAAUCCAUGAUGUAAACAAUUUCAUAUUAAUUUUAUCUUAGGCUGCUAACAAGGCUGGAAUUAAGUAUUCUUCUGCUAAAACUAUACUCUUUGCUCAUCGCAAAUCAUAUAAAUAACAAUUAAUUAGAGAUAAAAAAGCUGCAGUAUUUAUUUAUUCAAAUAUUAGAAUUCAAUACAAACUAAAUGUUGUGGAUACAAACUUAAAUUAUCUGAUUAACCUGAUAAUGUUUAACUUAAAACCAGAGUUGGAAUGUGA